ACUCUCCGUGACGCGUUCGGACUGAUGACGGACCCACAAACGGCGGCUAAGCGUUGGCUCUCUGGCGACUGUGGAUAGUUUCUUAUGUAUCGGAAACAUUAUCCGUCUGAAAUCUGAAUCAUCCUAUACUUAAAGCCGUGCUCUGUGCCCCUGAAGAACCUUUUGGGGAAGCCACACAAAGAGAGCCAUGUUUCUGUACAACAUCACCUUACAGCGUGCCACGGGCAUCACUCAUGCCAUCCAUGGAAACUUCUCAGGAACCAAGAUGCAGGAGAUCGUUGUUUCCAGAGGAAAGAUCUUGGAAUUGUUGCGACCAGAUGCCAACACAGGAAAGGUGCACACUCUGCUCACAGUGGAGGUGUUUGGCAUUGUUAGGUCCUUGAUGGCCUUCAGACUCACUGGAGGCACCAAAGAUUACAUUGUUGUCGGAAGUGACAGUGGCCGUAUCGUCAUCCUGGAAUAUCAUCCAUCCAAAAAUAUGUUUGAGAAGAUCCACCAAGAAACCUUCGGGAAGAGCGGCUGCAGACGCAUCGUCCCAGGCCAGUUCUUGGCUGUUGACCCAAAAGGCAGAGCUGUAAUGAUAGGAGCAAUAGAGAAACAGAAGCUGGUUUAUAUUCUGAACAGAGAUGCAGCUGCGAGGCUGACCAUCUCCUCUCCACUGGAGGCACACAAAGCAAACACACUGGUCUACCACGUAGUAGGAGUUGAUGUCGGCUUUGAGAACCCCAUGUUUGCCUGCCUGGAAAUGGACUAUGAGGAAGCUGACAAUGAUCCAACGGGAGAAGCGGCCGCCAACACGCAACAGACGCUCACUUUCUACGAGCUGGACCUGGGCUUGAAUCACGUGGUCCGCAAGUACAGUGAGGCGUUAGAAGAGCACGGGAAUUUCCUCAUCACUGUUCCUGGUGGAUCAGAUGGACCGAGUGGAGUUCUGAUCUGCUCUGAAAACUACAUCACCUACAAGAACUUUGGAGACCAGCCUGACAUCCGUUGUCCCAUCCCACGACGCAGGAAUGACCUGGAUGACCCUGAGCGUGGCAUGAUAUUCGUCUGCUCAGCCACACACAAGACCAAGUCCAUGUUCUUCUUCCUGGCCCAGACUGAGCAGGGAGAUAUCUUUAAGGUUACCUUGGAAACAGAUGAGGAAAUGGUCACAGAAAUCAGACUGAAGUACUUUGACACAAUCCCCGUCGCAUCAGCCAUGUGUGUCCUGAAGACCGGCUUCCUGUUUGUGUCCUCAGAGUUUGGAAACCAUUACCUUUAUCAGAUUGCUCACCUGGGCGAUGAUGAUGAGGAGCCUGAGUUCUCCUCUGCGAUGCCUCUUGAAGAGGGAGACACCUUUUUCUUCCAGCCUCGCCCCCUCAAGAACCUUGUGCUCGUAGAUGAACAGGAGAACUUAUCACCCAUCAUGUCUUGCCAGAUUGCUGAUUUGGCAAAUGAAGACACACCGCAGUUGUAUGUUGCCUGUGGACGAGGACCCAGGUCUACUCUGAGGGUCCUUAGACAUGGACUGGAGGUGUCAGAGAUGGCGGUGUCUGAGCUGCCCGGUAACCCCAAUGCUGUGUGGACAGUACGCAGACAUGUGGAAGACGAGUUCGACGCCUACAUCAUCGUGUCUUUCGUGAACGCCACUCUGGUCCUGUCAAUCGGGGAGACCGUAGAGGAAGUGACGGAUUCUGGAUUUCUGGGAACAACGCCCACUCUCUCCUGCUCUCUGCUGGGUGAAGAUGCUUUAGUGCAGGUGUACCCUGAUGGUAUCCGUCACAUCCGAGCAGACAAGCGUGUGAACGAGUGGAAGACUCCAGGCAAAAAAACCAUUGUCCGCUGCGCCGUGAAUCAAAGGCAGGUCGUCAUCGCACUCACUGGAGGAGAGCUGGUGUACUUUGAGAUGGAUCCGUCCGGCCAGCUGAAUGAGUACACCGAGCGGAAGGAGAUGUCCGCAGACGUGGUUUGCAUGAGCCUGGCUAACGUUCCACCUGGCGAGCAGCGCUCACGGUUCCUCGCUGUCGGACUGGUCGACAACACUGUCAGGAUCAUCUCCUUGGACCCUUCGGACUGCCUGCAGCCUUUGAGUAUGCAGGCUCUUCCAGCCCAACCAGAGAGUCUGUGCAUAGUUGAGAUGGGUGGGGUAGAGAAACAGGACGAGCUUGGAGAAAAGGGAACCAUUGGCUUUCUCUACCUUAACAUCGGACUUCAGAACGGUGUGCUGCUGAGGACAGUGCUCGACCCUGUGACAGGUGAUCUGUCUGAUACAAGAACACGUUAUCUGGGUUCACGACCUGUCAAACUCUUCAGAGUCAGGAUGCAGGGACAGGAAGCUGUGCUGGCAAUGUCCAGCCGCUCUUGGCUCAGCUACUCGUACCAGUCUCGCUUCCAUCUGACCCCUCUGUCAUAUGAAACUCUGGAGUAUGCCUCUGGUUUUGCGUCCGAGCAAUGUCCUGAAGGCAUUGUGGCCAUUUCCACCAACACACUGAGAAUCUUGGCUUUGGAGAAGUUGGGGGCCGUCUUCAACCAGGUGGCAUUUCCUCUGCAGUACACACCGAGGAAGUUUGUCAUCCAUCCGGAGACCAACAACCUCAUUUUGAUCGAGACCGACCACAAUGCGUACACUGAGGCAACCAAAGCUCAGAGAAAGCAACAGAUGGCUGAGGAGAUGGUGGAGGCUGCCGGCGAGGAUGAAAGAGAGUUGGCUGCUGAGAUGGCUGCCGCCUUCCUCAACGAAAAUCUUCCAGAAGCCAUUUUUGGUGCACCUAAAGCUGGAGCAGGACAGUGGGCCUCACUGGUGCGUCUGGUCAACCCUAUACAGGGAACAACUAUGGACCAGGUGCAGCUGGAACAGAACGAAGCUGCAUUUAGUGUUGCAGUAUGCCGUUUCCCCAACACAGGAGAUGACUGGUAUGUUUUAGUCGGGGUUGCCAGAGACAUGAUUCUCAACCCUAGAUCAGUGGGCGGCGGAUUCAUCUACACGUAUCGCCUUGUUGGUGGAGGGGAGAAGCUGGAGUUUGUGCACAAGACCCCUGUGGAGGACGUGCCUUUAGCCAUUGCGCCGUUCCAAGGAAGAAUCCUAGUGGGAGUUGGGAAACUGCUUAGAAUCUACGACCUCGGCAAAAAGAAGCUGCUCCGCAAAUGUGAAAACAAGCAUGUUCCCAACCUGGUGACAGGUAUCUUCACCAUCGGUCAGCGUGUCAUCGUGUCCGACGUUCAGGAGAGUCUGUUCUGGGUUCGUUAUCGACGUAACGAGAACCAGCUCAUCAUCUUCGCCGAUGACACAUAUCCUCGCUGGGUGACCACAGCCUGUCUGCUGGACUACGAUACCAUGGCCUCUGCAGACAAGUUUGGGAACAUCAGCAUAGUGCGUCUUCCCCCGAAUACCAGCGAUGAUGUGGAUGAAGACCCCACAGGAAACAAGGCUUUAUGGGAUAGAGGCCUCCUUAAUGGAGCAUCACAGAAGGCUGAAGUGGUUGUGAACUACCAUGUAGGAACGGUGUUAUCUCUCCAGAAAACAACCCUGAUCCCCGGAGGUUCAGAGUCUCUGGUCUACACCACACUGUCUGGAGGCAUCGGCAUUGUCCCGUUCACGUCACACGAGGAUCACGACUUCUUCCAGCUAGAGAUGCAUAUGCGCUCCGAGUUCCCUCCACUGUGCGGCAGAGAUCAUCUCAGCUUCCGAUCAUACUACUUCCCAGUCAAGAAUGUGAUCGAUGGAGAUCUGUGUGAGCAGUUUAACAGCAUGGACCCUCACAAGCAGAAAAGUGUGGCAGAAGAGCUGGACAGGACGCCCCCCGAAGUGUCUAAGAAACUAGAGGACAUUCGCACUCGCUACGCCUUCUAAUCAUGCACCAUCAUACAGCUGAGGUGGACACGGACGCAUUCUACACACCAUUACAAACAAACAAACAAACAAACAAACACACACACACACACACACACACACAGCUAUGCCACACUGCCCCUUUUUUAAGGUCAGGAAUGGAUGGACUUGUGUGUAUUGUUUUUAACUGUGGGCAGACAAACAUCUAAUAACAUGGAAACUUACAAGAUGUCAAAUGCUCGUAAUCCACGUAAAUGUUCACACUUAGUUGUGUGAACAUCGUCAAUACCGUUCUCCCACCUACACACAAGCUGACUCAGUUACUGAGAAGUUUCUGUAAGUUGCUUCUGCAAGUUAUGCACACCUCUUCUGGGCUGUGGUCAGCAGAAACUGCACACAUGCAGCAACAAAUACACUCCAUUACAUAGAAUCAUUACGGGAAACUCAGCCAGCACUGCUCCUCCAUUUCUAGAUGGUGUUGCAGUAUUCUCACACUUUCAGCUGACAUGAGUGUCAUUCACAUACACACAGAUGUGUGUACAGAAAUCACACGCUCCUGGUCCUACUGGUCAUAACAGAUUAACCAGCAGCUCAUCUGAGCCUGCUUCACUCAGAACCAAGAGUCUGACAGAAGCCAACUUCACACGUCUGAGCCAAAGCAAGGGUGCAAGAAGCGUUGCAAACUGAGGCAUUAGAUGAAGCUGAACUCAGACUGAAUAGGUGGGUGGAAGAAUACUGAAGGUUUGCAUUGGGUGGUGUUCUUCUCAGUCCUGUAAAAUUCCCAACCUCAGCCACAAGCGCAGACAUAGCAUUCCUCAGUAGUCACUGAAUUUAGGGCUUUGUGGGAUGGGGCAGUGGUCUGUUUUUGUAAAUAAAGUUGUUGUUUUUUGUGCUUUAUAAUA